CUUCUAUGGAGACCUCAGAGUUGAGUCUGACAUUGCAGUGGCCUCUUGUACCCUGUGUUGCUCCUAAAGUCUUUGCCUCUGCCCAUCCUUUGCCCCUGGGUUUGAGACAUUGUUGAUGGACUGAUGUGUAGGGGGCUCAAAGUCCUCCUUGCUAAGCUUGAGAAGCAAUGGCAGGACCUAUAUCACAACACCUGAUGUGGGUUAAAUUCUCACCUGAAGGCAUAUGUUAAAACUAAAGACAUCUUGUUUUUUUUAUUUGAGUUUGAUAGACCAAGUUCUGGACAAUUUCUAUGGCAGGAGGAGAGAAUGCAUUUUCCUGGUGCCAUUACUAGCUGGCUAAUGCUUGCUCUUUCUGAACCUCAGGACUUCCUCGUAGACUGGCUUCCAAACCAUUUCUGUGUUUGGAGUUCUCAGGCAUAAAGGAAUGCUUGGGAAACCCCAUCUUUUCUGACCUAGACUUGAAACUGCUGCUGCUGGAUCCUACACCACCGAGGUCAGUGGUACAAUGUGGAACCCAUGAGAGGCAAGAGGAUAGGGAGCAGCUAGGGUGGAAAAUGCAAAGUUGGACUGGCAUUAUCACUGUUCUUCCAAGAAAUCCACCUAAGCAUUCAGAGCUUGCCCUGAUUUGGUGAGGACAGGAACAAUCCAUUCCCUUACCAUACUUCUCCUCCUAGGGUAAGCCCUUGCAUAAAACCAGCACCAUGGAGGUUGCAAUGGUAAGUGCCGAGAGCUCGGGCUGCAACAGUCACAUGCCCUACGGAUAUGCCGCUCAGGCCCGGGCACGGGAGAGGGAGCGGUUAGCGCACUCCAGGGCUGCUGCAGCCGCCGCAGUGGCAGCUGCCACGGCAGCGGUGGAAGGCAGUGGGGGCUCAGGAGGAGGCAGCGGCUCGCAUCACCACCAUCAGGCCCGUGGGGCCUGCUCUUCACACGACCCCCAGAGCAGCCGGAGCAGCAGAAGACGGCGGCGGCAGCAGCGGACAACAGAGAAGAAAAAGAUCCAUCAUCGGCAGGGCAGCUUCCCUCACUGCUCAGACCUCAUGCCUAGCGGCUCAGAAGAAAAAAUCCUGAGGGAGUUGAGUGAGGAAGAGGAGGAGGAAGAGGAGGAGGAGGAAGAGGAAGAAGAUGGGAGGUUUUAUUAUAGCGAGGAUGACCACGGAGAUGAAUGUUCUUACACUGACCUGCUGCCUCAGGAUGAUGGGGGUGGGGGUGGCGGCGGCUACAGUUCUGUCCGCUACAGUGACUGCUGCGAGAGGGUGGUCAUCAACGUAUCCGGCCUCCGCUUUGAGACCCAGAUGAAAACCCUUGCUCAGUUUCCAGAGACCCUACUGGGGGAUCCUGAGAAAAGGACUCAGUAUUUUGACCCUUUACGCAAUGAGUAUUUUUUUGACCGGAACCGGCCCAGUUUUGAUGCCAUCUUAUAUUAUUACCAGUCAGGGGGGCGUCUGAAGAGGCCAGUCAAUGUUCCUUUCGACAUCUUCACUGAAGAGGUGAAGUUCUACCAGCUGGGAGAGGAGGCCCUCCUCAAAUUUCGGGAAGAUGAGGGCUUUGUGAGGGAGGAAGAAGACAAGGCUUUGCCAGAAAAUGAGUUUAAGAAGCAGAUCUGGCUGCUCUUUGAGUACCCGGAGAGCUCCAGCCCGGCUCGGGGCAUCGCCAUUGUCUCUGUCCUGGUCAUCUUGAUCUCCAUCGUUAUCUUUUGUCUGGAGACUCUGCCGGAGUUCCGGGAUGAGAAGGAGACUACCAUGGCCAUGAGUGCCGGUGGGCGAGGUCUGAUGCCCAAUGACACCAUGUCUCCUCACCUGGAGAACUCCGGACACACAAUCUUCAAUGACCCUUUUUUCAUAGUGGAGACAGUCUGCAUCAUCUGGUUCUCCUUCGAGUUUGUGGUCCGCUGCUUUGCCUGCCCGAGCCAAGCCCUUUUCUUCAAAAACAUCAUGAACAUCAUUGACAUUGUCUCCAUUUUGCCUUACUUCAUCACCCUGGGCACCGACCUGGCCCAGCAGCAAGGAGGUGGCAAUGGCCAACAGCAGCAGGCCAUGUCCUUCGCCAUCCUGAGGAUCAUUCGCCUGGUCCGGGUUUUCCGGAUCUUCAAGCUUUCCAGACACUCCAAGGGCCUUCAGAUCCUGGGCCACACCCUCAGGGCCAGCAUGCGGGAACUGGGCCUUCUGAUCUUUUUCCUUUUCAUUGGGGUCAUCCUGUUCUCCAGUGCUGUGUACUUCGCCGAAGCAGAUGAGCCUACUACGCAUUUCCAAAGCAUCCCAGAUGCCUUUUGGUGGGCUGUGGUGACCAUGACAACUGUGGGCUAUGGGGACAUGAAGCCCAUCACGGUGGGGGGCAAGAUAGUGGGGUCCCUGUGUGCCAUUGCAGGUGUGUUAACCAUUGCUUUGCCCGUGCCAGUGAUUGUUUCCAACUUUAACUAUUUCUACCAUAGAGAGACUGAGAAUGAGGAGCAGACGCAGCUGACCCAGAAUGCUGUCAGCUGCCCAUAUCUGCCCUCUAACUUGCUGAAGAAAUUCCGGAGCUCAACUUCUUCUUCCUUUGGGGACAAGUCUGAGUAUCUGGAGAUGGAAGAAGGAGUUAAGGAAUCUCUUUGUGCAAAAGAGGAAAAAUGUCAGGGGAAGGGGGAUGACAGUGAAACGGAUAAAAAAAACUGCAGCAACGCCAAGACUGUGGAGACUGACGUGUGAUGCUCUCCCCCUUCCAGAGUUUCCAAAUCUAUUUAUGCAUAGAGAGUGCAGUGAAGAAGUUGAAAUAUGCAAAUGAGUCUAAUGCAUACAGUAGUACACCAUUUAUUGGUUAAAUGAGACCUAAUUAUAAGUAAACUUGUAUUACAUAUCAUGCAGAUGAUAUACCUUGUAGAGGGGGUUGGGGCUAAACGAAAGCAAAUCGAUCUUUAUAUUUUUAUUAGAAUGCAAGAGUUUUGCACAUGAGUUGGAAGAGAUGAUAAAAAAGCCAAGAUCAUUUGACAGGGAGUGUGUGUGUGUGUGUAUGUGUGUGUGUGUGUGUGUG